UGGGCCCUGUAACAAAGUAACAGUGAGUAUGCACGUACACACAAAAACUUGAAUAUGUCACGUGCAGUUCAAGGUAAAAGGUAUGUGUCUAUGGGUCAUAUUUUCUGCCUCCUCCAUGGUCGAAAUCAGGGAAAGACUUCUGGGACUUCACAACGUAAGUUUUAAGUGACGCUUGUACCCAAUUUAUCAGCACCUUGUGAGGGUUUAAGGAAUUAAAAAAAAAAAGAAGAAAGAUCGCUGAUCAUAAAGUUAGUCAUCGCCGGCCCUCGGCGCAUUUUCCGCGGCGGCGCGGAGAAAACGAAACUGACACACCCACCUGCUUCACAGUUCUCGCGAGAUCGCGCGAGACUUGGAAGUUCGCAACGCGAGGAGGGCGAACUCCAUUGUAAAUUGUGAUGCUUUGCACCGUUUGCAUAUAGGAAAAGGCCAAAUACCCAAUCGAAAACUCCGCCGGAGGUACUGUAGCGAGAGAUGGGCGAGGCGUCCCUGGGUGCCAAGGCGCCCGACCUGGUCUCGGACAGUGCUGCAUCCAGUUCAAGGGGACCUCCUCCUGCAGAGGUGGUCUGGCCACCCCAUGCUUAUGCCGAUGUUAACAUGGCCGUUGACUAUGCGAACGGAGUUCCUGUGUCUUUACACCAGCCACAGCAUCAUUAUGAGCGACAGGAAUUUGUAGCCGCCGACAGGGAGUCAGCACUGGUUGUUUACCAUGAAGAGCCCUACAGUCAGCAGCAGCCUUCAAGUGGCAUGGAAACCUUCAUACAGGUUCCAUUUGGAGGUCUGCAUCGGCUUGCAGUGGCAACAUUCAGAGAGUCGCCCAUUCCUGUGUCAGACGCGCAGCAACAGGCUCAGCACUACGAACAAGAGAUUGAGCAGAGGGCAGCGGAUGAAAUGGUGGCCAUGUCUCAAGUCUUGGACCUGCACCGAUCAGUGGCCCCAAGCACCUCUCGUGAUACGGUGGUGGACAUCCCUGCAUCGCUGCACUCGCACCAUGCCCACCACCUGACGCGGCCUUCGUCAUCUUCCUCAUCUCCGCCUCCCCCCCAGAGCCCCGCCCUCCUAGUACUGCCAGGCUCAGCUGAAGAGUCCGUGGGAGCCCUAAGGCUGGAAUCUCAGCUGACAGUUGGCCCCGAAAGUGCAGCCACCUUAGGCCUGCCCAUGCUGUUGGACAAGGCCAGCCUUGCAUUGUGCUCAAGCAGUGCCUCCUCCUCUGCGCUUUCUUCCCUCGGGCCUUCAACUUCAUCAGGCAGCCGAGGUGCCAUAGGUCUGGCCACCCACCUCUCGCAGCGGUACCUCCUUGAGCAGGCACAGUACCUGGUGGCCGACUUGGCGUCCAAGGAGCUUCUUCCGUCGAUCCUUCAAAGCCCUUGUUCCUCUGGGCCCUCCACAUCGACGGUAGUACCCUCCGCUGGCUCUUCCUCGUCUUCGUCAUCAGUUCACGGUCUAAACUUCUCACUGGCUGCUGCGAAGGCCCUCUUGGCCACCCAGCAGCAGUCGCAGCAGCAUAAGUUUGGUGCCGGAAGCAGUGCUCUGCAACAUGCUGGCCCCUCUUCGGUUGCGAGCGGCUCAGUGGCUGCCAUGGAUGCGAGCCCCGAGCACUUGGAGGCCGAGCCCUUGGACACCGGCGACGAGGAAGGGGUGCUCGAUUCGUCCUCUUCCGCUGGGCCCGGCGCACUGCUUGAGGUGCAUCCGGCUGGGGCGGUGCCACUCUACGGGAACGUCUUUGUUACGGAGAGAGGGGAGGUGGCUCUUGUCAGCAGCACGGGGCAGGACUCUGAGGACCUUCUGGAGGUCAGUGGACUGGCCCGAAUCUGUGAUGUUCAACAGUACCAUGCAGCUAACCAAGUGUGCCACCAGAAUAGUGCCAUUCAGAACUAUGUGUCAUCUAGUGCUGACCUUGUGGCCACUUCCAAUGGGGUGGAGCCUGGGAUUCAUUCCACCGUCGACUCCACGGACAGUUCGGAGCAUGUCAUCACUUCGGAAGCCUAUGUGGACACAUCAAGUCAACACCACCAUCAUCAUCAUCAUCAUCAUUUACAAGAAGACAGUCAUGGUGCAGACUACGGGCAGCAGCUUGACCUUAGUUCAACGGUCGAAGCCUCCACAAGCUCAAGGAGUGUCCAGCACUCGGUGCUACGGAUGCAGGGAAUUCUUGGUCGAAGACUCCCCGACCUUGCGGGCUCACCGUCUUCAUCACGCAACCUGGCAAGAGCAGAAGUGUGCAGUGCCGGCGUCUCCCAGGAGGAGCUGGAAGAACUGCAGAAUGCGUCGACUGUGACCGGUGGCCUGCACCCAGACUCGACUAACAGCCCCAUCGUGGACAUGGCACCAUCUCCGGUUAACGCAGGCGCCCUGGACAGCCCGGGUCCCUCGCACUCGCCUGGUCCUUCGGCAGGAUCUGCGAACAGCCGAGCUGAUGCAGACAGGGACUGCACAUCUCGAUACUGGUGCGACGACUGCAAUCAGUUUUACGAACAUGAGUGUCCACGCCACAAGGUGCAGCUAAUUGUGGACAAGCCUGUUUUGACAAGGGCAUGGGCAAGUCUCCCAGCCAGCUACCUUUACGUGCACAAAGUGGCUGAGGACUCCGAUGGAGAACCAAUUUAUGGAGUUUUUGCUAAGAAAAACAUUCCCAAAAGGACACAGUUUGGACCAAUGGAAGGUGUCCUGCAAAGGAGAACGGACAGACCUCAGCAGUUCCCACUUUUUGUUAGAGAAGAUGAGAAUGGUUCUGUGUUCUGCCUGGACACGUCAGAUGAGACACAGAGCAACUGGAUGCGCUUUGUGCGUCCAGCGCAAACUCCUCUCGAGCAGAACAUAAUAGUCAUCCAGCAGGGCACAAGCCUGUACUUCAACACAACGCGGGCCCUAUCAUCACGCACAGAGUUGCGCGUGUGGUAUUCGACUGCUUACGCACAGCGCUGGGGUCUGCCCCUGCUUCAUCAACAGCAGCAGCAGCAGCAGCAAGAGCCACUACAGCUGGAGCACCGUAGCCGUCAGUCUCAUUGUAGCCAGCAAGAGGCGUUAGAGCAUCAGCAGCGGCAGCAGCAGCACCAGCAGCAACAACAACAACAGGUGGAUCAGCUUCAGCAACAACAGCUUCACCAGCCUAUCCAGCAACAACUGCAGCAACAUCAGCAGCCGUACCAGGAAGUGCACUUGCAACAUCCACAGCAGCAACAUUCUCAGCCACAGCAGCAACACCCUCAGCCACAGCAGCAACACCCUCAGCCACUGCAGCAACACCCUCAGCCGCUACAGCAGCACCCUCAGCCGCUACAGCAACACCCUCAGCCACUACAGCAACACCAGCAGCAGCAUUCACAACAAGAGUCUGCCAGGAUCGUUGGUUCCAAGCACGAGCUUUGCAAGCAGUGGGCGUGCUUUGAGUGCAGUAGUGCGUUCGGCUCGUCAGAGCAGCUGCAGCUGCAUCUGAACCAGCACGAAAAGGUCCCUGGCACCAAUGGAGACAACGCUUCAGCCACUGCACAGCCGCAGCCAUCGCCUGCAUCGGUGACACUGGCGGACCCUGUCAACGUGGAUGCUGAUUCAUUAGCAUUUAGGGCACGAGGACGGCCUCCUAAGAAGCAACAUGCGGCAAGAGCACCUCUAGAAGAAAUGCACAGUUUAGGCAAUGAAAGUGUCCACACUAAUCAGAGCUGUGGAACUACAGACACCGCAAAUCCUGUGGAGGAAGUUGCCAAGCCCACAUCAGGAGACGAAAACCAGUGCAAUGUAUGCCACAAGGUUUUCCAAAGGAAGUAUGGCCUCAAGCGUCACCUCAUGAUGCACUCGUCAGAGAAGAAGUAUAAGUGUUCGUUGUGUGACCUUCGUUUCUCUCAUCCCUACAACAGAAAAAGGCACGUGAUUCGACACCAACAGAAGGAUGAGCGCCUUAAGCAGCGGCGGCAGCAGCAGGCGCAGCAGACUCAGCAGGCUCAGCAACAGCAGCAGCAGCAACCCCUGGGGUCCCUGCUUAGUGAGGGCGUUCGCAAGUCAGCCCGACGCAGCGCAUCCCAAGCAGAAACCUUCUCGUGGGGCUGUCCACACUGCCGUUAUGUGUUUCCCAGCUCUGACCUGUUAAACCUGCAUUUGCCUCUGCAUGCUGUCGUGACGCCAACAGAGCCGACGCCUGAAUCUCAGCUCGAACAGUGCCCAGAGUGUGGUUCAGAGUUUUCAACGCAAGCAGAGCUGAUGAAGCACGUGGGAGUGCAUGGUAAACGAGGGCCCCCAAAACGUGUCAAGCAGCCAUCGGAGGCAGCUUCUGCGGGUGAAGCAGAAAAUGAGACGGCCUCUGCGGGGGCUCCGGUGCCACAGCGAGUCCAUAAGUGCAGCCUCUGCUACAAGGGCUUUGCCACGGAAGACCGCCUGUCCAAGCAUUACCAGGUACACGGAAACGACGAGACAAAGCCACUGAAGUGUGACACGUGCGACAAGCGCUUCCUGAACACCUCGGCUCUGACUGAACACCUCAAAACGCACAAAAAGGAGCGUUACUUCGAGUGCCCGAUCUGCAAAGAGAAGUUCCAUGUUGUGGCUGCCCUGAAAGAGCACGUCUUCGUUCAUCGGGAGGAUGGCAUGUACACUUGCCCAACCUGUGGAAAAAAAUUUGCAGAGUACAACCAAGUACGCAAACACAUACGAGCUUUCCACACGAACCAGCGCUUCAUGUGCCAGCAGUGUCCCAAGGUGUUUUGCCGGCAGGACAAGCUGAAACUGCACAUGCUCUGCCACUCGGAGCACCGCGAAUUCCUCUGCGCACUCUGUGGUCGGCAGUUCAAGCGCAAGGACAAGCUCAAGGAACACACGCGCCGCUUGCACGCACCAGACCGCGAAGCCCGUGAGCAAGCGCGGGCCAAGGCUGCGCGCCCGCUUUCAUCGAAGAGGUUUGUGCCCAAGGUGCCACCUACAGACUACCAGAGGUUCAUCUACAAGUGCCACACGUGUAUGCUGGGCUUCAAGCGUCGUGGCAUGCUGGUGAACCACAUGGCUAAGCGGCAUCCCAACGUUCAGCUGGAGUUGGUUCCUGAGCUAAACCUCCCCAUUCUGCGGGCCACGCGCGACUACUAUUGCCAGUACUGCGAGAAGGUUUACCGGUCGUCUUCCAAGCGCAAGGCCCACAUCCUCAAGAACCACCCCGGUGCUGCUCUGCCCAUGAGCAAUCGCGUCAAGGGAGGUGUACCCAGCAUCCCUGGCCAACCAAACCCUACCUUCUCGCACAUGGUGGGCAGUGUGACAACGCAGCCCCACAGCUGUUGCCUGUGCCACAAACAGUAUGCCAGCAAAGCCAAGCUGCUCCAACACCAGCGCAAGAAGCACAUGGAGAUGGUGGCCCUGUUUGGCACCACCAACAACCAGGCAGUGAAUGGCAGCAACAGAGGCCGGGAGGCUGACUUGCUGACCCGGGCAAUGUCUGAACUUACCCAAGGACUGACAGACUUCCGCCAGAACAGUGGUUCUACUACAUUCCUGACCACCAGGUCUUUGCAAGAGGUCGAGGACCAAGAUGAAGGCAUGGCCGACACCCAGCAGGAGCAGGUCAUCACUGAAACGCUCGACGCGACAGUAGAGACAACUGAGGUGGCCGCCUCAACACUCGACCCGGCACAGAUCAACCUGUUACUGGCCCAGUAUCAGCAACAGGCUGCUCUCAGCGCUACAGGUGAAGGUGACACUGAUGUGCCUGUAGUUUCGGUCGCCGAUGUGGUGGUUGCCCCCAAUGCUCAAGCCGGCUGGACAAUUGUGUCUGUUUCUGCACCAGGCGAAGAAGCCUUUGAGCAAGAACUUGUUUCGACGUAGAAUUCAUUCCUGGUGUCGCCCACCAAUCGUGCAGCUGUUUAUCUUUUUUUUAAAAAUCACUAUAAAUUUCUGCAAGGCUGAAGGGAAGCUGCCAGCUCACCUCAAGAUUGUAGAGAAAUGCCAUUUUUAAAUGUGCAAGCAUUGUUUUAUGCUUUGAUUUAUGUUAUCUUAUACACACAUUUUUAAUUAGUCUUCGGUGCACAUAUUGCUUCCUUUCUUGUGAGGUGCAUUAAUUCUAGUCAUUGGUGUAGCUGUCAUUUUUUCAUUCUACAUUUUAUCACUUUCCUGUGUUGUUCACAGCCAAGACUGGAACCUUUUUUUUUAUUUGUAGCAUAUCAACCACCUCACUUGCUAUUGAAAAUUGCUUUUGUAUGUGUGCAUACUUAUUCGCUUAUUAUUAACUGUUGUCAAACAACACAAGUGGGGGCAAACUGGUGCUCAAGAAAAUGGGCAGCUGUCUUUUUGUGUGUGUGAGUGCGUGUGUUCAUGUACGUGUGUGACAUGUUCGUUUCGACCAGGGAUGCACUUAGCUGCAACUCCUGAUUCUUAGUACGGUACUGCCUAGCUUGUGACUCAACUUUUGUCCUUGAUAUUCAUUAUGUACAUCUUUCGGUCACUAGGUAGUGUACACGUGUGAUUGUGUUUGCAAGGUGUACAUAAUGUUCGACUAGAGAGUUGACAACACUCAUUGUUAUUCACGCGUGUGAAUUCUGCAUAUCUAACAUUUGCCCAGUUUGAAAGUCAAGGAGCAGCUAACAACAACAACAAAAAAAAAAAACUGAUAGCCUGCAGUGAUGGCCCUUUGUUGUCAUUAAGUUAAAGAGUGGAGUGCGUCAGGCUUAACUUUAAGAUUACACGAGAGCAUCAUCAUCAUCAUCAUCAUCGUCAUCAUCAUCGUUAUUAUAUCUCAAUUCUUCUUCAUGGCCAAAAGUCUCCAAUGACUUUGUCCUGCCUCAACCGAGCCCAUCACAUCUCUACAAAUUUGCUAAUCUCGUAAUCUAAUUUCCUGGUGCCCUCUAUUGCAUUUCAAUUCCAUUGCCACAUAGCCUGCACUUCCAUCAGACCGCCAGUUAUACAUUGCAUUACAUGACCGAAUUAAGUCCUCUCAUUCCUAUUGAUGCCAGAAUGCCAUCUCCCCUUUCGUAGCAUUAUUUAGCAGCACAAGAUGCAGGACAAGAAAGUAUCUCUCAUGCUGUUAAAUACUGUGAACCUAUAUCGCGUAGCCUAAAUCAACACGUUACAUCUGCCCAUGUUUUAAUGCGCAACUCAUAUUUGCUAUGGUGGUUCAGUGGCUAGCAGUGGCAUUCUGCUGCAGAGCACAAGGCUGCAGGUUCGAUCCCCUGCCACUACAUCACCAUCCUGAAGGGGGGGCAAUAUGUGAAAACUAUUGCGUAUUUGGAUUAAGGCACACAUUAAAAAAAUUCCCGGUGGUGGAAGUUAAUUCCGAGCUCCACCCUGCCACUCCCCCAACGUGGCAUUUCAUGGGUAGUCUAGCUUUGUGAUCUUAAAUCUGCCAUCUGAUUUGAUUUUUAAUCUUCAAUUCAUAAUGCUCUCUCUCUACCUGUUGGUAUUACGCCAAAAGAAAAACAUAGUUGAGAGAAGGAAAUGACAAUGUCCCUCAGGUUCCCGUAUCAGCCCUUCCAUAGCAGCACAGAGAAUGACAGCUAUGUUGUUCGUGUUGGGAGCAAUGCCAAUCUAUUCCAGUGAGCUUUCACUUUGGAAAUGUGGUGCAUUUCAUGGGAUUUGUUUCUGUUGCUCACAUUUUGUUUUCUUCUGUGUUGUCUCCGCCCUCAGCGUCAAUUCUUGAUGUGAGGUGCCUUGCCGAGAACCUAUUGAUUAUGACAUGCAAUAGUGACCUCACUGCCUCCAUGUUUUCCAACCUAAAGAAAUGGAGGCAGAACAAUUUUACAUUUAGCUACAAGUCUCCUGCACUGAGUCAAUUUCUGCUAAACAAAACAUUAAAAAAGGGCAAAAUAUAAGAUUUGUUGCAGUAUUUUAAAUGGUUAAUAUUUAAAAUGCUGUUUUCAGGGCUGUGAAAAGCCCUAAAUUUUAUAAAGGGCUCAAAAAUUAUUCAGUUAUGUUUUUGCUGAGCUUUGCAGAUUUUUUUUUUUGUCUGAUCACAUGGCUAAUGCAAUUCAAAAGUCAAGCUACUAACGACACUGUCAAAUUUGGCUAUAUAUUGUUGAAUUUGUCACCAGGUUAGGCCUGAUUGGCUGACAGGACUGCUACAGCCUCUCUGAUUGGCUCAAAAUGCCAUCAUGGCACAAUUUAACAGACCAGAAUAUCGCCACCCCAGGUGGUCAGCUUUUGUGGCUGGUAAUGGCUCACUCACUAAGUCUUCCUCCUGUACUUUUAUAUUUUAACAUUUUUAUGUGCUAAUAUAAGUGUUUAAAUUUUUUAGGAAAAUAUGUUUUUAAACUGGCAGAAAAUAUUGCUUUAGUCCUUGAGAAUGCUUGCAUUUAAUGCAAAAGCAUUAUGUGCCCCAUUAUGUGAAAAUCUGUUGGUGUAGUCAGCGUGAGCGGAAGAUGGCACGAAAAAUGGCCAACAGCGCAAAGAGUAAAAACAUGUCACAAGAUGUUCGAAGUGACAUCAGAUUUCUCAGGGAGGUUCCUAUAAACAAAGUAAAUUAGUAGCUUUGAAAAGAAAAUUUGAUAAAUUUCGCUUUGGGUGGGAAUCAAACCCAGGCCUCCGGGCUCCGAGACUGCACCCUUCCCCGACACCACAGCGGCUCCACGGUUCUUGUUCAAUAAAGGUGUUCCUACUGCAUGCAUCACUGAACAUGUCACGUCACAGCCAUCUGGCUGACUAAAGGUGUGGCCUGGUACAUGCAUCAUUGGGCGUGUGAGGGUGUAGCCAAUGGGGAGGAAUGGCACCAUGUCAUGAGUGUAUAAAGUGAUUGUAUAAAAUAAAAAGCAUUAGUGGUAAUGUCCGGUUGAACGGCGCUGAGCGUGUUGAGACACUUGGUGCAUUUUGAUUUGGCGUUACCGAGGUGCAGUUAAAAUGCAGGUGAGAGCUUGUGCGGAGAAGGAAUGUGUGGAAAAAAACACUUCACCAAAGGAACUAUGAUGUUUUUGCAUUCCCAUAUGUAAGCAGUCUUAAGUGUCUCUUAUUUCUUUCCUUGUUUUCUUUUUUUUUCUUUUUUUUUUUGAGGAGGUCUUGGAAUUUUGUAAAAGUCAUUGAAACCCCCCCCCCCUUUUUUUUUCUCAUCAUGACCUUUAUGAGUUCAAGGGAUGAUGUACCAACCUAGCCUGAUUGAGAGUUUACCUUUGGUGUGUGUCAAGGCAAAAGCUGCCACUCUACAUCUCGUACCUCCAACUAUCGCACAGUGCUUCUAAAGUGCUGCUGAACUUGUGCAUAGAUAAGGUCACAAAUUUCACAUGUCAUUCUCUGCCUUUCUCGCCAAUGCAUUGAAGGGAGCUGCAUGGACCUUAUGAAACUAGCUUACAGUGCAUGAAUUGCAGUCAGCAUUCAUAAGGAAUUUGAUGCAUAGACAUUUUCAUCAUGUCACCUUUGUGUAUUUUGGUAUUUUGAACCCAGUGGGAGCAAUGCUGUCCUGAUUGACCAUGUCUUGCGCUGGCUUUAGGUUUGAAGAACUAUUUUCCUAAAGGUCUUCUGUUUUGUGUGCUGUUCCUUGUGCUAUAUUUAGCUGAAAAGUAUUGAUCUGUGUGAAAAUGUCCACUCAAGCUGACCUUUCUCCUCCCAUAUAUGGAGUUUUUUUCAUAAGAGGCGAAGGCAGUUAAUCCUCUCGAUGCCGUUGCAUUUUAAGUGCACACCUUUCACAAGCAACACUUCUAGCAUAUGAGCUCUCUCCUAGAGGGACCAGAGGUGAUUCAAAUUCAAGGUGUUCACUUCUAUGCGCAUGUCAUCGCUGCUUUUCAUCCUUCAUUUACGAAAUGCAUCUCAUUUUCAUCCUCACUGAUCCCGUGAAAACGCUGUGAUAUUUUGUAACUUUAGAAAAUUGCGUAGAUUGUGAUGUGUGUGAUCCUCCCCUUUUUUUGUUCUUGCACUAUAUUGUCAAAAAGAAAGGCAGUCGUGCUAGGCUAUAAUAUCCUUUGUGGUCAUUCUACUGGAACUAUCACUGAUGAACAGAAAGCUCAAGAUGUAGAUCAAUGUGUCCGGGAAACUCUUGUAAUUACCUGUUUAUUUUCUCGAUGUAGAGGGCCCAUCUCCAAGCCCCCUUGGAAAUUUCGAUUUUACAUUAGAAAUUGUGAUAUACCGUCCUAGGACUAUUCAGCCACAACUAUUCCACAACUUCUAAGAAAUAGUUUAGUAAUAGCAUAAAUAUUAAAGCGAAUCAGACUUAAGGCAAUGGUGUGAAGAGGCAAGCUACUCUCCCACGUGACGUUAACAUCAUGGCCCUCUCCUACAUUUCUUUCUUGUGUGGUGCCAUUUCCAGAGGCAGUUUUUCGCACUCCACGUGCGGCUCUGCAUUUCACUAGAAUUCCCGAGCCAUUCGCGCUGCUGCUGGCUAUUUGUAUGCUGCAGGCACUACAUGUCUGAUGCAGAAGCGCCAUGCAUCUGGUAACUUUCUGCUGGCAAAAAUCCACGCUACUUUUAGAAAAUGGUCGUGAAGGCUUUUGAGUGGAUUUAAGCUGUUGUUGUGGCGGUACAUCAGUGUGCUGUUUUGCAGAUAUCAUUGUCACCGCGUGAUCUGCUUCCUGUGCUUUGUCCAUUUGCAAUGUCCAAGCCUGGUGUGGAACCCUUUAGAGAACCCAAGGUGGUCAAAAACCAAUUUAGAGGCUUCUACUCCUAGCCUACUGUGCAGAUUUGGGACAUGAAAAUGCCGUCAAUGAAAACUAAAUUACCUUUUGUGGGUGCAACUGCAAGUGUGAAAGACCUCAUAUUUUUAAGUUUUGAGAUGCCGAUGCAGUUGCAUUAAAACGAGCGCCCUUCAUUUCCAGCCUUGCCUUAUUCGAACAAGCUUUAUGCUGAUGAGAGCAGCUCGGGCUUGUUGGCACAUGACAGAGCAAUAAUGCAAUGAGACAUGAACAGAGGAGGCGAGACACACAAGCGCUUGUGUAUCUCGCCUGCUCUGUCCGUGUCUCGUCGUGCGAUUGCUGGGUCGUAAAGUUUUUCACCCUGUUGAACUGCAACAUUUUAUCUCUUAAGUUGAAGAACAAUAGUUUUCUCUGGUAGUAUAUCUGCUAAGCCUUCGUCUGUGCACUUUAAGUGGAUUUGUAUAUUACUAGUGACCAUUCAAGAAUGCAGCUUGUUUUCGGAGCACUUGCUUUGGCCAAGUGGCAUAACAUUUUAUUUUGUAAAUAAAUUGUGUGACUAGUGCCUCGUUAUGUCUUACAAUGUUCAUUCUGCAGUCCUGGCCAGCACUUAUUCGAUGCUGUAUACAACAGAGGCAAAUGUGGCUUGGAACACUUACCUUUUCCUUUUAAAGAAAAAUUCCAUGUAUAUACAUGACAGUAAAAAGCACAACAAUAAAAGUAUUUUCCCAUUUUUUUCUGCUAAUAAUCUGCAGUGAACUCCUUCGCAAGUAUGGUGUGUGUAUAUUUGAGUACCGCGUAUGCGACAACUUGUGACUCUGGAAAGCAAUAUUCUGUUGCCUAGGUUCCCUUUUUUACAUAAUAUACUCUAGCACAUGGCACUGUUGUUGACGCAUAUGUUGUCUUUGCUCUCCAUCUUUUUUGUACUGUUUUUUUUUUUUAUGGGUAUACAUGUUCCUCUAUGCUAUAAAGCUGUGUAAAAGGUGAAUGGCCAUGUAUGUUGUUAGCAUUGUUGAAUGAAAUUUUAUGAUUUCGUGCAUUUAAUAAAAGCUCAUUGAACCCUCUAA